AUGUCGCAACAACUAGCGCUACCUAGGAUCGUCCGACGACGCUUGGCGGCUGUUCUCAAGUCAAGAACUGUCACAUUGAGACCAGCGCAGAGAAGAUGGAUGACUCCCGCGCCGAAGCCUGGAGAUGGGCCCAUGAUGUCGAGGAGGGCGGACCGAGAGCUUCCAGAUGUAGCUGAUGUCACAUUCCGCUGGCGCCGUACUUUCCCCAUCUUCCUCCUCAUCGUGGCCGCUUCAUCAGUCGCCAUCUUCAACUACCAAAAGAUGUCCUCACCCGUCGUCUCCUCGACACUCUACGCUCUACGGACCAACCAAGAGGCUCGCGAUCUCCUAGGUGACGAGAUCUACUUCAAGCACCAAAUCCCCUGGAUCCAUGGCGAGAUGAACCAGCUUCACGGCCGUAUCGAUAUCUGGUUCUCGGUACGAGGCACAAAGGGCGAGGGUGUUAUGCGCUUUGCUAGCAACAGACCUACCAGCAAGGGAUUCUUCUCAACUACAGAGUGGAGUCUUACCAUGAGCGAUGGUACGAGAUUGGACCUCUUGGAUAAUGGUGACCCUUUCAAGGCGCUCAUCGGAGGUGGUGAGGAUCUUCCUGCUGUGGAGGAAGAUGCUCCUACAAGAGGAUUCCGAAAGCAGGUCGAAUACAAGUGA